AUGGCGCUGUCUUUGGGAAUAUUGGCGGCAGUAACGAAGAGCGGCUGGUCGUUGCUGCCCAAGCUUUGUGCUCUCGCCAGCUUCGUACUACUCCUCAGUGUUACAAUCUCCAAAAUAUGGAGCAAUGUAUCUAGCCGAAGCUUCAGAGCGCAACACGGAUGCAAACCAUGCCGCAAGUUUCCCCUAAGGGAUCCAGUGCUGGGCCUUGACUUCAUCAUCACCAACAUCAGGGCGUUCCAAAACCACAGGUUCCUCGAGCUCCUCUCAAGCCGCUUCCGCAAAGCCGGACCAACCUGGGAGGUGCGUGGCUUCCACCGAAGGUCUAUCUUCACAGCUGACCCGGAAAAUGUCAAAACACUCCUCUCGCUAAGGUUCAAGGACUUCACACUCGGCGGCCGGCAGCGCAUCAUGGGUCCGCUGUUGGGACAAGGUGUCUUCGCCAGCGACGGCGAGGAGUGGGCGCACUCGCGCGCCCUGCUCCGGCCCAUUUUCGCAAAGGAGCACGUCGCCGACCUGAGCCUCAUCGAGACGCACGUCAGCCACCUGUUCCGCCUCCUCCCCAGCGACGGCAGCACCGUCGACUUGCAGCCGCUCUUCCACCGCUUCACCCUCGACUCCGCCACGGACUUCCUCUUCGGCAAGGCAACUAGCACCCUCGUCAAUGCGAAAGAGCUCGACUUGGCUUUCGCCAAGGCGCUCCGGUAUUCCCUCGACCACAUGGCCUUCCUCCUGAUAGCAGGUCCACUGCGGCGCUUCUGGAAGAACGACCCGGAGUUCAACAAGUCAAACAAGAUCUGCCGGUCGUAUGUCGACACGUUCGUCGACCAGGUCCUGGAGUACAAGAAAGGCGAGUCCCCAGUCGUCAAUAUCUUGGCCGAGGAGGGCGGGAUCCGGCGGAACUCAUUUCUCAGGGACCUCGCCAACGCGACGAACGACAAAGGCAAGAUCCGUGGCGAGCUCCUCAGCUUGUUGCUAGCAGGGAGGGACACGACUGCAAGUCUGUUGAACAGUUUGUUUUACCACUUCUCGCCGUUACGACUCUACCCACCGGUCCCAACAAGCGCGAAAGUCGCUGUUCGUGACACGAUACUGCCUCGUGGUGGCGGCCCAGACGGAGAAGCACCCAUAUACAUUCCAAAAGGGCUCAAAGUGCUCUACUCGACAUACUCGAUGCACCGCCGCCUGGAUAUUUGGGGUGAGGACGCCGACGAGUUCCGCCCCGAGCGGUGGGAUGGCGCGAAGCAUUCCUGGGAGUUUCAGAGUAUCGAGGCGCGCGACAACCUACCCUGGACCGAGACGUUGGGCCUGACGGUCACCCCGGCUUACGUGCGGGUUGGUCUUUGUCGGCCAACUUAG